CAGAGGAAACCAACUAUCUACGAUUUGUCAAUCUGGUCUUGAAGAGGACACCAAAGGCCAUAAGAGGUCCAUUUUGAUACAGUUCAUCCUCCAAGUAACCUCGUAACUGACCUAGCGACACAGAAAACUACACUGCUAAGGUUAAAAUCUAGAAAAAUAAUAAACCAGGUCCAGUGGGACACACUUUUUGGAGUUACCAAUCCUGUGUCAAAGGACUUUGAUGUUACACUGUUAAUCUGCCUUUUACGAAACAUGAGUCCCUCUACACCACCACCAGCAGGAGGAUUUGAUGUUCUACCCAAUCCUUCAGUUGUCAGUACUGGGGCUGACUUAGCACGAAUCAAGUUCUACAGAAACAUGGUGGCCCAUUCAGCAGAUGCAAGGAUGAAUAGAAAUGAAUUUAAUACAAGCUGGACAGAUGUAGAGGGGGCUAUUGGAAGACAUGGUGGUUCUACAUUACUGAAUGAAACACAAGCUUUCAGAUCCUCUCCAAUUGAUGAAUCUGAGAGAGAUCUUCUUUUGGAGCUUCUUUUGGAAAUUAAACAUCUGAGGAUGGAGCAGCUAGAAACAAUCCCUCCUAAUGUUAGAUGUGAUCCCUUGGAAUAUAAGAG